GACUGAGGCAAGAAAGGUCAAACAUGAAAUAGGCCAACAAGUCUCAAUUACUGCUACACUUAUUCAUCUUUUUUACAAUGUCUCCUUCGUUGAAAUUCUCAAUCUUUUUCAAUUCCAAGUCUUUUCCACUUUCAUCUUUGUGGUUUCAUGGGCUCGUUUUGGGAGAACCAUAAAGCGCAAUGAGCAAACCCAACCAUUUCUUUCACAAACUUCUAAAACCCUUUAUCACAAGAGAGGAAAAGAGUGAAGAUGACAUACAAAACAUGGCUACACAGGAGCGGAGGACAUUUUCCUACGAAACAUUGGUUGCUGCUACCAACAACUUUCAUGCGGUUAACAAACUUGGAGAAGGAGGCUUUGGGCCUGUCUUCAAGGGUAAAUUGAACGAUGGGAGAGAGAUAGCAGUGAAGAAGUUGUCACGUGGUUCAAAUCAAGGGAAGACACAGUUUGUGACGGAGGCAAAGUUGUUGACUCGUGUGCAGCACCGUAAUGUGGUGAAUUUGUUUGGUUAUUGUAUCCAUGGCAGAGAGAAGCUUCUUGUGUAUGAGUAUGUCCCUCGUGAGAGCCUUGACAAGUUUCUAUUCAGAUCAAACAAGAGAGAAGAGCUAGAUUGGAAACGUAGACUUGACAUAAUCAAUGGAGUAGCAAGGGGAUUACUUUAUCUUCAUGAAGACUCUCACAAUUGCAUAAUCCAUCGUGACAUAAAAGCAGCCAACAUUUUACUCGACGAAAAAUGGGUCCCUAAGAUUGCUGACUUUGGCUUGGCUCGUCUCUUCCCGGAAGAUGAAACCCAUGUCAAUACACGUGUGGCUGGAACACAUGGAUACAUGGCGCCAGAGUACUUGAUGCAUGGGCAUCUAUCUGUGAAGGCAGACGUGUAUAGCUAUGGAGUUUUGGUGUUGGAGUUGAUCACCGGCCAUCGGAACUCCUCCUCUGAUUCAGCCUUCAACGGAGACAAUCUCCUUAAUUGGGCAUACAGGCUAUACAAGAAAGGGAAGUGGUUAGAAAUGGUGGACCCAACGAUGGCAUCUUCGGUGGACGAGCAAGUGGAAACGUGCAUACGAGUGAGUUUGCUGUGUGUGCAAGGAGAUCCACAGCUUCGUCCAACGAUGGGGCGUGUGGUGUUGAUGUUAUCUAAGAAGCCACCAAGUCACAUGGAAGAACCAACCAGACCAGGAGUACCUGGUUCCAGAUACAGAAGAAUAUUACCUCGGACUCGCACCCCUUUUAUUACUACUACUACUACUGAUGAUGAUAAUGAUUCAUCUGCUUCACACAUUGAUUCAAGCAAUUUUGACACUAAUACUACUAAUAUUACUACUUCUACCAAUUCUACAAGCUCUGCUUCUGCACAAGUAGACUUGCGAGGGAAACGUCCAAUGCUACCUUGAUCAUCAUUUCGUCAUUCUCUUCUCUUGUUGGAACGAUUUGAGGCUAGUUAUUAUUCUUUUGUUAUUCUCAUUGUAUCAUAAUAUUGUUUUUGUAUAUGUGAGUUUGUAUUAAGUUUGUAAACACAUAGGAACAUUAGUGAGAUUACAAAAUGAUCACUGUGUUGUUUUUUUUAUAGAGGUUUCUUGUAAAGUUAGUAGCAGAUGUUUGAAUCUUGGACCUAGACAUUCUAAGUCCAAUGUUGCCUGUCUUAUUUAUGAUCUUUGUCAUUACUAGUAUUUACUUACUGUUUUUA